AUGGACCACCUCCCACAAGAAAUCUGCGACGAGAUUGUGUCCAUUUUGGCAGCCGAGCCGACGGCGCAGCUCGCCAGCUAUGCCGCCAUCUCGCGGCCAUGGCAGAUGGCUGUUGAGAAACACACCUGUCGCUACUUCAUCCUCUCCAGUGACCAGGUAGAUGAGUUCAAUUCCUUCUUCGCCACGCGCCAUCGCCGCCGCUUUAUACGCACGCUCUACUUCAAGGUCCGACUGCCCACCUAUGAUUACCUGCAGCUGCGGCGUCGCUACGAGAGCGAGCACGACCGUCGCGCCCAUGACCAGAUAUUCACCGCCGCCAUUCAUCAUCUCUUCAAAUCGCUGAGCUCCUGGGACCCGGCGGUCGAUUCCUCGCUCAACCUGAAAAUCACUGAAUUAAUGUCGCCUUCGGACAACGAGCUCCCGGAGUACUCUGGGAUGGAUCAGGAUGAUAUUUCCGAAUCCUUCUUCGAGAACGACUUGGGUGACCAGCGCUACCUUUAUUCAUAUAUCCAACUCCUGGAAUCCGACGAUCUGCCACUGGUUCCUGUUGUUGAAAGCCUCCUGGUCACCCAGUUUCGCCGGAAGGUUGCCCACUGCGUCCCCCUUCAGCUGGCUGCCAAGCUCCCUAAACUGCGAGAGGCCACCCUCCUUGUGGAUGACAUGGAAGACCGGUAUCCUCUGCUACGUGCCGAGAAUCGGGAGGCCAUGACAAGUUGGGUCCAGCAGACCAUCCCGAAUGCGACUGAGCUUCGUGAGUUGAGCCUCUUACUUAACCGAGAGGAGGAUUCCUUUGCAGCAAGGCUGCCUAACGGAAUGGCCGAUCACUUGUGCAGUUCAAUCCGAGAAUCGACUGCACAACUCCCCCACCUCAAGGCACUGGCUGUGAGUGGCACAAUCGACAAGUCACUCUUUUGGCCCGACCUUGGCCGUUCCUUGGUUGCUCCCUUCUGGCAAAAUCUGCAAACUCUCGCGGUCAGCUUUUGCGCCUCCAAGCCCUCGAAUGGUUGGUAUUUCAACGGGCUGAGAACAAGCCCUGAAGUCUUGGACGGCACUCUGGAAUUAAUUACCGCGUCCAGCGCGAUGCCCCCUGGAUAUGCCGAUGAUGGCGAGCCCCCACCAGAAGAGGUGGAGGAGGUUGAUUUCGACCGGUUUAUGGAGUAUGCAAUGCCUCAUUGCGAAGACACACCGACGCCGGAUGAUAAUCUGGUCGAGCCAUUGUUGCAGUCGUUUGGGAAGGCGUGCCUGCAGAUGCCCAAUCUCAGAAAGGCUCAUUUGGUGACAUCAAUCGUCGUCAAGGAUCGCCCCCCAGAGGUCUACAGCCCCUGCCAAGCAGACUGGGGCGUGUGGUAUAUUGCUCCUCAUCAAGCGCUGGCCCAGACAUCCAGAGCCGUCACCAGUCUUACGCGGGGAACGUCAGUACAUCGAAGACUGAUCUGGGAUGUCGGUGAUUGGAGGCCCAGCGAGCCUCUGAGAUCUCUGUUCAACAGGAUCGGCCUGGAGAAACAUGGCGGCAUGGUGCUUGAGAGGUUCGUUGAUACCUGGAACACUAUUCUCAAACCUCGAUUGAUUGAAGCGGCCCGCCGCGAGGCGGCCGACUAUCUCGGGAGGAAUUUUCUCGACGACGAGUACAUGGAGUUCAUGUACGACCAACACUGGGAUCCUGAAAAUCCAUAUUUUAUGGACGUUCUUGACGAGGAAAUGUAUCUCUAUGAUGUUGAUACAAUGUCUGAAUGGGAUGGAGAUGAAUUUAUGACUAAUGACCCUGAUGUAUUCUGGGAUAACCUUAUGGAGGACAACGGUGAACCUUCUUCCCCUCAUGAAUAG